AUGGGGGAAAAAUCUUUUAGUUUGGGACCUAUCAUGCUGCACCAUUUGGACCAUUUGGGGGAGGAUGAUUUUGAUGUUGAGGAAAUGUUUACGAAAACCAGCAGCCCAGAAGGGGCUAUCUCGUAUGUGACUGCUCUUAAGGAAGAUGCAAAUGCCCUGUUCAAAUUGAGAGAUUUUAAUACUGCCUUUGUGUUGUAUAAUAAAAGUAUCAAAUGUUUAUGUGUUGUUAUGUGUGCCAUUAGUGAUGAUACUCAGUUGUGUGAGGUUAGCCUCGAGUUGAAGGAUCUAGCUUUUAGUCUGCAUUUGAAUAUUGCAGCUAGUGCAAUUAAGCUCAACAAGUUUAAUGAUGCAAUCACUUCUUGCUCUCUGAUUUUGGAGUCAAAUAAGAGAAAUGUGAAGGCUCUAUUUAGAAGAGGAGUAGCAUUAUAG